AUGGAUGUAACCAAUGAAAGCACCCAGGGAAAUUUCAUCCUUUGGGGGUUUUCUGAUCGGCCCCAUCUGGAGAGAAUCCUCUUUGUGGUUAUCUUGAUCGCAUAUCUCCUGACCCUUGUGGGCAACACCACCAUCAUCCUGGUGUCUCGGCUGGACCCUCACCUCCACACUCCCAUGUACUUCUUCCUCACCCAUCUCUCUUUCCUGGACCUUAGUUUCACCACCAGCUCCAUCCCUCAGCUUCUGUAUAACCUAAAUGGACAUGACAAGACCAUCAGCUACACAGGCUGUGCCAUCCAGCUCUUCCUAUUCCUGGGCCUGGGUGGUGUGGAAUGUCUACUCCUGGCAGUCAUGGCGUAUGACUGGUUUGUUGCAGUCUGCAAGCCCCUGCAUUACAUGGUGAUCAUGAAUCCACAGUUAUGCUUGGGCUUAGUAUCCCUUGCCUGGGGCUGUGGGGUGGCCAACUCUUUGAUCAUGUCUCCAAUGACCCUGUGGUUGCCCCGCUGUGGGUACCAGAAAGUAGACCACUUCCUGUGUGAGAUGCCCGCCCUAAUUCGGAUGGCCUGUGUGAAUACAGCUGCCGUUGAAGGCAUUGCCUUUAUUCUUGCCAUAGGCAUUGUGCUGUCACCCUUGGUGUUUAUCCUGGUCUCCUACGGCUACAUCGUCAGGGCUGUACUAAGUAUUCAGUCAUCCUCCGGGAGGCACAAGGCCUUCAACACCUGUGGCUCCCAUCUCACAGGGGUCUCACUUUUCUAUGGAAACAUCAUUUACAUGUACAUGCAACCAGGAGCCAGCUCCUCCAAGGACCAAGGCAAGUUCCUCACCCUCUUCUACAACAUUGUCACCCCACUCCUGAACCCUCUGAUCUACACCCUCAGAAACAAAGAGGUGAAGGGGGCAUUGAGAAGAUUGAUUUUGGUAAAUCUAAGUGUAAGAAAGAAAUUAUAA